AUGCCAUGCCAUGGGGAAACCGCCCACCCUUCACGCCAAUUACCCGCUUACUGGGUGCGACUUAGUGUACACCAGGACGUAGUCCGGGGCCCUAGAUGGGUUCGCAGACAGGCUUUAAAACCAGGCCGUCUAUCUCUGCCAGAGCCUGGGAUCGAUCGAUCUCUCUGGUCGCGGGGGGGAUCCGGUUUGGCUGCCAAGUGUAUCACAUUCACACCUGUUUUGCGUCCUAGCCGUCAUCCGACCGCCGGUCCUCAGAUUGGCGAGAUCUCUUCAUUUUUGUGCCUGCCUCUUUUUGAAGGGUCGAGGACCGUUUUUCGCCUUAGGUACAGCAAUAGUUCGCUAGGGACCCAAGUUAUCCUCCGACCGACACAGCGGAACUAGUUCUAUGUGGAGAAUGAGUAGAUAGAAAGCUUGAAUGGACCUUUUGAUUUCUUUCCACUUCCCCUCGAUGGAUUGAUGGGGAUGACGCUUCGGUUAUGGUGAGAAAUCCAAUCAAGGAGGUGAAACGAGUAUCGUGAUGACCGGCUAAGAACUUUUCCCCUUUACUACCAUUCCUUCGUCGGCGUUAUUCCACCAGCCAGAAGCGCCGGAGCCAAGCCACAGCUGGAAGGAAAAGUCGGCCAAUCGGAAAACUACCGAAGUUCGCUGGUCUUGUUGCCUUGUCCUCGUCUCGACUCGGGUCUGGCCCCGAGGGUGAUAUUCGGUGAAUUCUUGCUUCAUAGCGUCCUCCACAUGGUGUAUCUCUGUCAUAGUCCACUGACUCGACUGCUCUCUUCUGACUCAACCUCUCUUUGAAUAGCAAAAGAAAAAAACACGGUGGUUGAAGUAGUGUCUUGAACGCGCGGAAAAUCACUCCCAGAAAAAACCCAUCGUCAGUGUUUCACGUUAUCGCAACAGACGUAACGGUCCGUCACUUCGCCCCAUUUAUAUCUAUCUCUUCACUCGUUGCCGCAAGUAAGCAUUCAAUCAGUCCCGCGGGACAGCUUCCUAGACAAUUGGCUCUAGAAAGGAAAAUAUAUUAGUCGCACAAAAGAAGGCCUUACAAGACCGACUCUCUUGAUCAUUGAAAUUCAACACAUAAACCCUUUCUGUAUCAUUGCAAGAAAGAAGCAAUAAAUCUAUUGAUAAGAGGAAUAUCACUCUGCAGUCACGCCCAAAGAGUCGAUAAACCCCGAAGAAAAAAACAUACCUCGCCAUCCUUGCAAAUCAAUGAUCUUCCCUAGUACGUACCCAUUGAAUCCCCACUCUACACACCGCGGAACAGUUCCAUUCCUACGCUUCGCUGAAACUGGACCAAAAAUUCGGGCAGAGUAUGGGUCCAUAUUGUCAGUUCAAAACAGAAAUUGCAGCUCUAGAUUCCCUGAAAUAUAGACCCCCACCCUUGGUCAUGGCCCAUGCCUCGUGGGGGUAUCUGUGGGCACGUGACGUAAGUCUCUAGCCAAGAUGAAUCUACAGCCAAUGAGAUGGCAUAAGCAGGGAUUGCACGUACCAUUUAUUGUGAAUACAUGUACAUAUGUUUCGUGUCAGUACAAGAAUGUCUAGUUCACACGAGUUGUCCGACUCCACCUGUACCCAGAGGAGUAUCCACUUGAGAUUUGUCUCGCGGAAUGAUUCCACACGCCUUGUGCU